AUGAAAAACCUCCCUUCUUACCACCUGCUUCCCAGAGAGGACCAGUUCCUGCUGCUGGAGGGUUGCUGGGUCCCGCUUUUCCUGCUGGGGCUGGUGCAGGAGGUGGUGACCUUCGAGGUGAUGGAGGUGCCAGCCCCCAGCAUGCUCAAGAAGAUCCUGCUGGAUGGGCAGAGCAAGGGGCAGGAGCCCGGGAGGACACAGCCCCCGCUGGCUGCCGUGCAGAGGCUGCAGUGCUGCCUCAACACCUUCUGGAGCCUGGACCUGAGCCCCAAGGAAUAUGCCUACCUGAAGGGAGCCAUCCUCUUCAACCCCGACGUUCCCGGGCUGAGAGCUUCCCUCUACAUCCAGAGCCUGCAGCAGGAAGCCCAACGAGCUCUCCGGGAGGUCCUACAGCCCCUUCACCCCGAGGACCAGGGUCGUUUUGCCCGAAUUUUACUGAUCUCUUCCACCCUGAAGUCCAUCCCUGCCCCCCUGAUCACGGAUCUCUUCUUCCGCCCGGUCAUCGGCAACGCCGACAUCCUGGAGCUGAUGGCAGAGAUGCUGUAUGAGAUGAGUGGAGAAGCAGUGGCAGGAGCAGACUUCAGGCAUCUGCCCGAGUUCAACCCCCCUUCCUUCAUGCCAUAUGGGAAUGUUGGCACCCCCCUGAAGGUUUUCCUGGAGCUGAUCAGGGCCUGCAGGCUGCCCCCCCGGGUCAUCAAGAAAUUGCAGCUGGAUUUUCCAAAGACUGGCUCAUCCCGCAGGUACGGGAACGUGCCCUUUGAAUACCAGGACUCUGAGACAGUUAGAGAAGAAGAAAGAGUUUACACAGCUACAGGGGAUGAGAUCACAGAGGGAGAGGAACCUGUGGCAGGAUCAGCAGUGACUCACCCAGCCAGUGCUGAUGAAGAUGAGGAAGAGCAGGAAAAGGAGGAAGAGGAGUCACACUCGGAGGACGACAAUGACACCUGUGAGGAGUGGGAGCGCCACGAGGCUCUGCACGAGGACGUGACCAAGCAGGAGAGGGUGGAGGAACGUCUGUUUGAGGAGGAGAUUGAGCUCAAGUGGGAGAAGGGAGGAUCUGGCCUUGUCUUCUACACAGAUGCCCAGUACUGGCAGGAGGAGAAUGGAGACUUUGAUGAGCAGACAGCAGAUGACUGGGAUGUGGACAUGAGCAUCUACUAUGACAAAGAUGGAGGUGAUAAGGAUGCUCGGGAUUCAGUCCAGAUGUGGCUGGAACGGAGGCUCCGGGAUGGGCUGGAGGAGGGAUCGGCCCGGGGGCCGCAGGUCGGGAGCUUUGAGAGACACACCAAGGGCUUUGGCAGGAAGGUACUGGAGCAGCAGGGCUGGAUGGAGGGGCUGGGACUGGGGAGCAGCAACUCUGGAAUGACUGAAGCUCUGGACAACGAGGGGCAAAACCCCAGAUGCAAGAGGGGCCUGGGGUACCAUGGGGAGAAACUCCCAACUUUCAGCAAGGUGAAGAAGCCCCGUCGGGAUGGUCCCAUCAUCAUCUCCACCAUCUAUGAUGACCCUGACCCCAAGGACAGUGGUGACCAGCUGCUCAGGCGCCAGCCCCCCACGGCCAUCAAGCACAGGCAGGACGUGGCCUUUGUCCGAGCCUCCCGGGGAACUCUGCAGAGCUCCAGUGCCCUGUCACACUGA